AUGAUCUCUUCCCAACAACUACUCGGGGUACUUCUCUUCGCCACAAUGGCAGCCGGUCAAGCAUGUUACUUGCCAAACGGUGAACGGCAUAACAGCGCUAGAGCAUGUCCUGCCGUUGAAGGGGAAGACGCGCAGGCAUGCUGCUAUGACGGCCACUACUGCCUCUCGAACGGGCUGUGUUUUGUGCCUUCAAGCUUGACUAUGUAUCGUGCAUCUUGCACAGACCAGAAGUUCACAGCAAGCGGAUGUCCGAGAUAUUGUCUUGAGUCCGGUUCUAGCCAUUGCGGCGUCUGGGCUUGCGGAGACAACAAAGGCUUCGCCUGCAGCAUGGGCUUCUGCGACAGUGGAAACUUCUCGGUUAGUCAGGGUAUUAUCUUGAGCAACGCCGCCGUGUUGGCAGAUCUCAACAUAACGUCCUCUGCCUCGGCAACAUCUUCGGCGGCGACAGCCACGGGGGCGAGUAGCAGCAGCACCAGCAGCACGAGCAGCUCUUCCGCGGAGUCUAGUAGCUGCGUCACGGGGGAAGCGAGCGGCGGCAUCUCUGCAGGCGCCGCCGCGGGUAUUGGUGCUGGGAUCGGUGUGCCGUUGGCCAUCGCCGUCGGAGCACUGACGUUUAUGCUUCUACGUGAGAAGAGGAAAAAGAUGGGGCCGAGUGCCGUGACGCCGACGGAAGGAUAUGCCAAGACGGACGGUCCGCCCACGAAUGCGGGGUGGGUCUACGGAUCACCGCCGAAUCACGACGUCAGGUAUCAGUCUCAGGGCGGGGUGAGACAUGAACUGCCGUACGAAGCCCGGCAUGAACUCCCUCAAUGA